AUUAAAAAAUACAUAUCCGCAAUGGAAGUGAGACGCUUGAAAACACCCGCGUAGCCGUUGAUUAUAACAGCCACUGGAUAAGAGAGAGAGACAUCCUGCACAUAGCGCAUUUUGCCAGCCAGAGCGUGUGUUGUGAAGACGACGAUGGCUUCUUUAACCUCUGCUUUCACCACCACUAACGUUCCUUCUCUUCAUAGAUCAAGCUCCCAUUCUCAACCUCGUCUAAUUCCCAAAGCUUCUCUCCAUCACCAACGCCACUUGAAUCGUAGACAAUUCUUAUCCCAAUCAGCUACUGUUUCACUACCCUUACUAGUCCCUCCUCUAAUCGACCAAUCCGCAAUUGCUGCCGAAGAGUCCCUUUCCGAAUGGGAGAGAGUCUAUCUACCCAUUGAUCCUGGCGUCGUCCUCCUUGAUAUCGCCUUCGUCCCUGAUGACAUGAACCACGGUUUCGUUCUGGGAACUAGACAAACCAUUUUGGAGACUAAAGAUGGUGGGAACACUUGGGUUUCGCGUUCAAUUCCCUCCGCGGAAGAUGAGGACUUUAAUUACAGGUUCAAUUCCAUCAGUUUCAAAGGGAAAGAGGGAUGGAUUGUUGGAAAACCUGCAAUUUUGUUGUACACCUCGGAUUCUGGAGAAACCUGGCAAAGGAUACCUCUCAGUGCUCAACUUCCUGGAGAUAUGGUGUAUAUAAAGGCAACUGGAGACAAAAGUGCAGAGAUGGUGACCGACGAAGGUGCUAUAUAUGUCACCUCAAAUGGAGGGUAUAACUGGAGGGCUGCUGUUCAGGAGACUGUUUCCGCAACUCUUAAUAGAACAGUUUCUAGUGGCAUUAGUGGUGCAAGUUACUAUACCGGGACUUUUAAUACUGUUAAUCGCUCUCCAGAUGGAAACUAUGUUGCUGUCUCAAGUCGUGGCAACUUCUAUUUGACAUGGGAACCUGGCCAGCCAUUCUGGCAGCCACAUAAUAGAGCAGUUGCAAGGAGAAUUCAGAACAUGGGAUGGAGAGCUGAUGGUGGUCUUUGGCUUCUCGUCCGUGGAGGGGGACUUUAUCUCAGUAAAGGCACUGGAAUAACUGAGGAUUUUGAAGAAGUUCAAGUGCAAAGUCGAGGGUUUGGCAUUCUUGAUGUUGGGUACCGUUCAAAGGAUGAGGCUUGGGCAGCCGGGGGUAGUGGUAUUCUGUUAAGAACUACCAAUGGUGGCAAAACAUGGGUCCGUGACAAAGCUGCUGAUAAUAUUGCUGCAAAUCUUUAUUCAGUGAAGUUUAUCAAUGAUAAAAAGGGAUUUGUAUUGGGAAAUGACGGAGUCUUGCUUCGUUAUCUUGGAUAGAACCGCAGAUUUGAACGGUAAUUGGUAAGGACUGGUAAAGUGCCCAAUCUGUGCAAUGUACUCGGCCAACUGCUGAUGGUGAUGGUGCAUAUAAUGGUACAGGUUCUUCAUGGUGAACCUUAUAUGGAUUUCUAUUCCUCGGCUACGCAGUUUGAUCAAGUCGGUCCUUCAACUGAUUGUUCUUCCUCAUAGGCGUGUCUAUAUGCCUUCAUCAGCUUGGUUUGCAUUCAUGGAUAUGUCAGGUUUCGGUGUCUUAUUUGAGAGCCAGGAGGGUAAUUUCAUUUGUGCUAUCUCCAGUAGUUUUACUCUUCAAGGUGAAGCUCUUCUUGUUGAAGCCAUAGCUUUACGCUCCACUCUCUAUUGGAUUGUUGAUGACAUGACAGGUUCAGGUUGAGCAUUAAUUAGUGAUCGUCAAAUUCUAGUUUAUGCUUUGCAUUUUUCUUCCUUGGACCAUUCGGAUUUUGGAAAAGUUGUAGAAAAUUGUAAGCAUGUCCUUGGACUUUGUAACAGCCUUCUAGUUCGUGGGGUGAAUAUGCAAGCUAAUGUAAGAGCUUAUUGUUUA